UCACCUGUCCCACUCGAAUGUCUGUCUCUGCUGCCUGUAAUACUCUCAGAAAACCCACUCAAGACGUACCUUGGGACAUCGUAGUAGAGAUACUUCUGCACGCAGCAUAUGCGGACUUCCAGCAUGCAUUACAACUCGUCUACGUGUCGAAGGACGUUCAGAGACUCAUAGAACCCAUCAUAUACAACAGCGUCGUGCUCGACCACCCCGUCCGCGAUGCCCUCUACGCGCGCGUCAAGUCCUUCAUGAUCGCCCUCGACUCCAAGCCCGCCACCUUCUUCACCCGUGCGGUCAAGAACCUCUACAUUCACUCUAUUGUCCCGUCCGCCGACGCCGUCCGCAUCCUCGCCGCCUGCACCGGCGUCGUCAACCUCGUCUGCUGGAAGGACUGGCGCAUCCGCCUCGCGCCGCUCGUCCGCGCCAUGCCCCUCCGCAGCCUCACGACGCACUUCGUCGGUUUCUCAUCCUGUCUGCCGCAAGGCGCCGACCCUGCCUCCCGCCCCGCUUGGUGCGGCACGCUCGAGUACCUCGAGGUCGCGUACUGGGGCUCCGCGCCGCUCGACACGCUCCCCCUCCCCGACCUCGAGCCCCUGGGCGCGCUGCGCGAGCUGAACGUGCGCGGGUUCAGCCGCCCGUCGCCGCGCGUGAUGGACGUGCUGCUGUCGCCGCCGCGGCUGCAGUGCCUGCGCGUGAUGCUGCUGCAGCUGCCGGACAUACACACCGCGGGGAAGGUGAAGUACUUGGCGAGCCGGGCGCACGAAGGGGCAUCGCUGUGGAAGAAUUACGUGGAGGGGGCGUAUCCCCAUUGCUGGAGCUUGUAA